AGAUUUAGUUUAUACCUCGUUCUAACUUCUACUUCCUCUCUUUUCCUUUUGUAAAUCACAAAUCCCCAUUUCACUCCCCCUCAAGAGCCAGAACAUUAGUUUAUUUUUUUAAGGAAAGAAGAAAAUGGGUCAAAUUCAAUACUCUGAGAAAUACUUCGAUGAUAUUUAUGAAUACAGGCAUGUUGUUCUUCCUACUGAAGUGGUCAAACUUCUCCCAAAGAAUCGCCUCCUUUCUGAAAAUGAGUGGCGUGCAAUCGGAGUACAGCAGAGUCGUGGAUGGGUUCAUUAUGCUAUUCAUCGUCCCGAACCACACAUCAUGCUUUUCAGGAGGCCUCUUAACUAUCAGCAGCAGCAGGAGAAUCUGGCUCUUGCCAAGUAAAUUACAUCAGCUUUAGUAUUAAAAGAAUUGGUUGAGAAAUGCUGCUCUGCAUAAACAGUUUGUGUGUUCUGGAAAUCAAGGAUUGUGUUUAUGUUGUAGUUCUCUAUUGUGGAGAAUUACGUGUUUAGGCUUUGCUUCUUACUUUGUUUCCUGGUCAUUGACACUCUGC